CUCCUUUUAAAUCACGGAGGCCUCGUUAUGGUUUCAAAUGUUUGGAUAUACCAUUAAUUUUUAGUUCUUUGUCUCGUAGGCUUAAACCUGGCAGUUAAUGACAGAUAUAACUCAGUUGCGCGAAUUAAUUGACAGAGCAACGAAUCCUCUAUUAGAGCAAAUAAAUUGGCAGUAUGUUAUUGAUGUCUGCGAUGCUGUUAAAAGCUUCGAUGAAGGGCCGCAUAUAGUGACUUCCUUUGUAAUUGAACAUCUUAGAGGUAGCGAAAAAGUUGCCCUGCACGCACUUACUCUAUUGGAUGCUUGCGUGGAAAAUUGCGGGCCACACUUUUAUCGAGUAAUUGGAAAGUUUAAAUUUCUAAACGAGUUAACUCAACUUGUCUCGAAGAAGCAUGGUUAUGUAAACACUCCAGAAAAAGUCAGGGACAGGAUCCUCUUUCUGAUGAGCAAGUGGCGUGUUAACUUACAACUACCGAAAAUUCUGGAAGUCUGUGCGACGCUUGAGCGUCAAGGUUACCCCUUAACCUCCCUUAGCCGCGACGCAACUAGUUUUGAUAAAAAUUUUUUACAAUGGAAGUAUAAGAGCUCUUUAUCGCCGAAAUCUGAAUCGGAACAUAUUUUGCCUAGACUUCUUCAAAGCAAAGAUCCCGCCGACCUAACUACUGCCAACCUGCUUAUAAAAGAGAUUUUUGAAACAGAGUAUACAGAAGAAAAAAACAAGGAAAAGUUAAAGGAUGAUCUAAACAUUGUCAGGGAAAACAUCCGAAUCUUUGUUGAGGUUUUGGAGGCUUCAAAGGACACACUGGAGCAUAAGGAAGUGCUGGAAGAAAUCUGCGAGGCCCUCCUAGGAGUUAAGCCCAGAUUGGCUAAUCUCUGCAGAGAACUCGAAAGAGAUGAAGACAUCGAGUUUGUUCUUAAUAUAUACAGCAAACUGAUAGAUGCGUUGGAGCUAUACGAUCAGUUUGUGCGGCUCGGCAAGAAACCGAGGAGUAAUGUGUUGAUCGACUUUGGAGAUCAGGGGCUGGAGGAAGCUGCUACAAUCCCUUCUGAACUUUUCAGCGUAGUUAUUCUGGAUAGAAACGGCAUUUCUAUAACGAUAUAUUACGAAAUUACUAAAACGGCCCAAGCGAUGACAUUGAAGGCGCAGAUACAACUUAAAAACGACUCUUCAUGGGUCUGCGAGGAUGUGAUCUUCUUAAUAGCCGUACCAAAAGUUAUGAACUCGCACUUAGAAUCACCGUCAGGCCAAAUUCUUCUUGCUAAAAACCCGUUUAACGGACCUGGAAUAAUAACUCAGCGCUUCUCCGUUACUAAUCCAACGAAAAAACCGAUACGUCUACAGUACAAACUUCUGUACUCGGCGAAUGGAAGAAGAAUAGUUGAACAGGGAGUAACUCCUCAGUUAACAUGUAGUUCGCUAACUAAACUGCAGUAAAGCGAAAGCCAGCGACAUAUCUACCAUUUCGAUGUUUAUUAGCUUAUGCUUCCAAUACGUGGAAAAG